CAGACGGAUAUGAAACGUUGUUCAAUUGUUUUUUUUUUCUUUUGUUUUGUUUUUUUUCUGUUGUCGUCUCUUUUUGAACUAGUUGAACUUUUAUAUAUAUAUAUAUAUCAUAUAAUAUGAACAUCUUACCUCAUAAAAGUUGGCAUGUUUACAACAAAAAGAACAUUGAAAAGGUGCGAAAGGAUGAAGCAAAAGCGAAAGAGGAACAAGAAGCCAAAGACAAACGAUCCAUUUUAGCUGAUAGUGAAGCAAGAUUACAGUUACUUCGACAAAAAGCUGCAAAUAAUCAACUCCAAUAUCAAAAGGAUGUUGUUGAACCUUUCCGUUUGUUUGCUGAAGCUGAACAAGCUGCUCAACAGAAUGAGGAAGUUUUGGCUGAGGAAAAAGAAAGACAGAACAAGAAAGAACAACAAUUUAAUAUGUACUUGGAUAAAGGGGCAAAAGAUGAUGAUUCACCUUGGUAUGCUAAAAAGGAACGUGAUAUUUAUUCGGAUGAUCACAUAUCAAAACCAUAUAUUAAAUCAAGACAUGACAAGGAUUUGCAACAAAGGUACAAACGGGAAGCUAUCACUCUUAGUGAUGAUCCAUUGGAAACAAUCAAAUCACAUCUGGAUAAAAAAGAGACAUCACAUCAUCAUCAUCAAAAAAAAGAUCGAUCUUCAAAUAAACGGAAACUAGAUGAACAUGAUCGCUCUCGGAAAAGAAAAUCGGAUAAGAAACGAAAAUCAACAUCAUCACCAUCCAUUGAAGAGUUACGCGCUCAACGAUUAGAAAGAGAAAAGAUGGAACGUAUACGAGUGAAAUCUGUUAUUUAUGGUGAUGAUCUGGCAACAACUUUUCAAGACCCAAGAAAGCAACAAUACAAUUCUCAGUAUAAUAGGCAUGAAACGGAUCAAGCUCAGCAAGCAAAACGACGCCACUACUGAUAUCUAGAUUGGAUUCCCGCCUCUUUUUUUUUUUUUUUUUUU